AUGCAGAGCAGACUAGAGAAGGCGAAACUUCGUGAUGUAGCCAAGAGGGACGCGUUUGUUGAACAAUUGGUUCGACACUCGGGUGCUGGUCGAAUUUACGGCCAAGACGCGAUACUGCAUCCUCGUGUCAAAGAUCCAGAGGCUCUUCUAAGUCUUCCUGAAUUUAUUCGAGAGGGCUUACCCCCAAACUCUGAACGACUGAAGGAUCCAGAAACUCUUCUGACUUUACCAGAGUUCGUGAAAGAGCUGCCUCCAGUUAGGCAGGACGAAAUCACGCUUCCUCCUAUACCAACUACCAAAUCGAAGAAGAGCAGGAGUCGAAGCUUAUCUGCGCCUCCAUUAUCUUGGCUGCGACCAUUGUCAUCCUCGAAGUCUAAUUCAAGCCAGGGUAGCAGCUCUGGUAUCUCCAGUGUUCAGUUGCAGCCAAAGUUCGGAGAUCAAAGUACCUCCUUUGAUGUCGUAUACGUUGCGGAGAACCACGAAAACUUGCAACAUGUACUCGUUUUCUUCACGGUGACUGGCGCAUACCCAGGCGUUGACUUGGAAGCCGAAGUAUUGCCCCCGUUCCCUGAACACCCUUCAGAGGGAGGAGAUCAUCUCCUCAUCAAAUCCGGCCCCUACUGCUCGCUUCCGCUCAUGCUCCCUGCUCGGACGACCCCAGGGAAGAAAGAAAUCCAAGUUCAGAGUGGACACUACGAAAUCAGACUCUCCACUUUACCCUCAUCAUCGUCCUCCGAUACUGCAGAAUCACCAACACCCCUGCUUGAUGCUUCCCACCUUUCGUCGAUGAAUCCCACAUCUUUCAUUUGUGCCUCAUGUUCCCUGCCUCUCAUUCAAUCCACAAAGAUCGACCACUAUCGCGAUCUACCGUCGGAACAUUGGGAAGAGCUAGUCGAGGCCUGGAUGUGUCAUACCGACCAGUCCCUUCACGAGCAAGUGGUUAAAACUGGCAAAACUGGGUUUUGGCCGGCUCCAGGUCAGGCACUCGUGGGAGGAAGCUAUAUCUUGUUCGACAACUCCGCGAUGUCUACAAACAACCUAUACCAUGCGAAAGAAGCAUCGGUACGUCCUACAUUACUUUGCUUCAUAUUUUAUAGUAGGUCGGAUGACAAAGAAGACUGGCGUUGGUUGCCUACCAGCGACUGA